CAUUUGUCACGGCGCACCCUAGAGGAGGUCACACCCGCGGAUAAGCCUCGCCAGCAGCAGGGCCGCGCUUAGACGGACGAGGGCGCGCUUUUAAUUUUUUUAAGGGGGGUGCUUUUACCCCGGGGGCACCCCCAAAGGAUGUGAGCUUUUGCCGUGCACUUUAAAGAGCGUCCCUUCUACCGUGUUAAGGUGUGGAGGAUUUCCAGUCCAGUCCAUGGAUUUAUUAGCUUUAAUACAACCACAUUGUUAUACAACAUUGUCCACAGGCUGGCAAUCUUGAAGCAUGGGUGACUGGAGCUUUCUGGGGCGUCUGCUGGAGAACGCCCAGGAGCACUCUACGGUGAUUGGCAAGGUGUGGCUGACGGUGCUGUUCAUUUUUCGGAUCCUGGUGCUGGGCGCCGCAGCAGAGGACGUGUGGGGAGACGAGCAGUCCGACUUCACCUGCAACACGCAGCAGCCGGGGUGCGAGAACGUGUGUUACGACCAGGCCUUCCCCAUCUCGCACAUCCGUUUCUGGGUCCUGCAGAUCAUCUUUGUGUCCACGCCUACGCUCAUCUACCUGGGUCACGUGCUGCACAUUGUACGCAUGGAGGAGAAGCGUAAGGAAAAGGAGGAGGAACAGCGAAAAUCCAACAGAUUCCAGGCAGAGGAGAAGGAGCUGCUGUUCAGGAGUAGCAGUAGCGGUGGGGGGGACCAGGGUAGCGGCAAAAGAGUGAAACCCCCAAUCCGUGAUGAGCACGGCAAAAUCCGCAUCCGGGGGGCUCUGCUGCGCACGUACGUCUUCAACAUCAUCUUCAAGACCCUGUUCGAGGUAGGCUUCAUCCUGGGCCAGUACUUCCUAUAUGGAUUCCAGCUGAGGCCCCUGUACAAGUGCGCCCGCUGGCCCUGCCCCAACAAAGUGGACUGCUUCAUCUCACGGCCCACUGAGAAGACAAUCUUUAUCAUCUUCAUGCUGGUGGUGGCCUGCGUCUCACUCUUCCUUAACCUACUGGAGAUCUACCACUUGGGUUGGAAGAAGCUCAAGCAGGGCAUGACCAACGGAGCCAUCUCGGACCAGGAGUCGGUGCGCCGACCCGCCGGUUCCGUUGUCCCCGAGCCACAGUGCUCAACCCCCAGGACCGGGGGCGGCUACCCAAGCAAGUACACGGACGUGGCGGCCGGCAGCGGGGCUUUUCUGCCCCGGCCCGAGUUUAAGAUGGACAACUUGCAGCAAGAGGAGGCUCUCCGCCAACACGGGCCCGCUGCCCACUAUUACAUCAGCAAUAAUAACCACAGGCUGGCCGCCCAGCAGAACUGGGCUAACCUAGCCACUGAGCAGCAGACUCGGGAGAUGAAGGCAACCUCCCCUACGCCUUCUUCUUCCUCAUCCAACCUGCCACCCACGGCAGACGCCGCACCAGCCGGCAGCCCAAGUACCAGUCCGAGUACCCGCAGCAGUCCAGACUCUAAUGUCAAUGAGUCUGAUGAUGGCCGCUUUAGCACCACUACAGUAGAGAUGCACAAACCCCCUUCAACAGCCUCCCAGGACCCUCGACGGCUGAGUCGGGCCAGCAAGAGCAGUAGUGUACGGGCCAGACCCGAUGACUUGGCGGUAUAAAGCCCUUGGUGGGCCCCCUGACCCCAAAAAGGAACAAUUCGGAAAAACACUGAAGGCAAAAUGAUAAAGGAAGGUGGCGUAGACUUGAUGAUUCUGAUCACCUUUCAUACGGACUUUCCGAAUUGAUGCAUCAGAGGUUUAAUGACAGUGGAUUCACCUGCUUCACAAGGAACCCACCGAAGCGGGACAUUGUCAUGACGUGGGUCGACCUCAGGCCUGUGCCUUUCAAACAGACCCCAGUGAAGCAGGACAUUGACGUGUCUGUUUUGGAAGAUAUACACCCUUUUCCCACUGUUCCGUUACAGAUGGCAGUCAUUCCGCCUCUGAUAGUACUUUGCGUGCGCUCUGGGUACCUUUCACACAGGACAGUGACGACCCGGGAAAAAGCCGGCUUUGAUGUUCAGUGGGAAAGGGACUAUGGACUGUUUCGGGGGCGAUUUAGUUGUGUUUUUAUCCCUACUUUUAGUUGCACUCAGUGGACUACUGUGCGUACUCGGUUUUAAACUGGUACCCACAAUGGACUGCAGUGCCCUUCACAAAGCAACGAGAUGGCCCGGAAAGAGGUUCCAAACCACUACCACGUCCCACGAUGAAAGAUAAGAUGACCUUGGUCUCGUGUAAGGUGCAGCAACUCAUGAUGCCCUUCAGCAUUAGUUUCAUUGAAUUUUAUUCAAGAUGACGUAUUUUUAAGUUUGUGGCGGGAAACCACAACAAAUGUGAAUGUAUAAAAAAAAUAGAAAUCCAGUUAAGACGGCAUGUUGCUUCAUUCACAUCCGUGCAAAUAACCCCCCAAAAAGAACAUUUUUUCCAAAUACUGAGACUGACAUGUAGGUAAAAAAAUGCUAACAUUUUAGAAAUAACGGAUAAUCAAGGCAGCCUCAUCGAUGAAAUCCAUAAAAUUUCACUCACAAAGCAAAUAAUUCAAACCAUAAACUCACUGAAAUCCCAAAUGAUACUCUUUAACCCACCAGAAAAAAACAAACAACAAAAUGAAAAUGCUAAGAUCUAGGCGGGUUUAGGCUAAUUUAUGAUUAGGGGUUGGGCAUCUAGCAUCAAUGGGAUCCGGGACUAACACUCCGGUUCUCCCGGAACCGUUCGAAUUUUAAAAUUUCGAUACCAAGUUUCGAUGCCCUGACCACCGACCAGAAAAAAUAGAAGCCAAACACCACAAAGAAGAAGCCACAGGAUGACUAGCUCCGUUAGGAGCAAAUCAAAGGUAGUGGAUAAUUUAGCUUGGCACAAAAAUGUGUUGCUUCGCUUCACAUAAAUGACAACAAAGUAACAGAAUAAACACAUUGAAAUGAUUUCAGACCCUCUGGUUAAAAUGUGCAAAUUUACAGAUUUUGUUUCACCAAGGGUUCCCAACGGUGUGUAGUGCAGUGGAGGUGUGUAGAGUCUGUACACCUUAAGAACUCUUAACAAAGUUCUAAGUUCUUUUUGCUUGCUGCUUCCAGUAAGUCACCACUAGGGGAAGCCAAGCGCACAUAGUAAAACCAAAGAAAAACGGUAGAGUCCGGAGUUACAAUUGUGAUAUCUUGUGGACGGAUGAACAAUAUAUUAGUGUCGAUAGAAAUCAAAAAGAAGUCAACUUAAGAUCAAGGGACAGAACACUCCCCGCCUGAAAUCUGCAAGAUGUCAGUCAGCCCUUAACUAACUUGUAGAAAUACCAUCUAAAACAAACGAUGCAAUACAGUAAAUACCUGCAGCAUAAGACACUCUAAAACAUAGGCAAAAAAUCAUGUAUAAUUGUUUUCUCUGAAAGCUUUUGAAAAAUAAACAUCUUUGUGAAAGUGCACUCCUGUGGAAAGAAACUUCAUCAUAUUUAAGGUCAAAGACUGAUAUUUAUAUACAAGUUUAAAAUAACCCUAUGAGAAAUUCAUAGCAUAGUUAAUUUAAAGUUCAUAUAUUUAAAAAAAAAAUCGAUAAGUUAAGAAACUAAUAUAAACUAUGCAAUUUUUGGAUCAUGCCUAUUAAAAGAAUCAGAAUAGAGAAUCGUUUGGAACCAGAAUCGAAACGUGGAAUCUGAACCGUUCAAAUUCAAACAAUGCCCAACCCUAUUUACGAUCACCCAAGCGACACAUCAGUUUAUAACAGAAAACUAAACAAAAAGCUAAUAACUGAACAAGAAAUAAUUCACUUUGUCAGUUUGCCUAAAUUUGUCUAAAUUUGUCACUGCCUAAAAUUCACUAAGAAAUGACCCACAUGUCAGUUGAUACAUAAAACCAAAUGCUAACAAUUUGAUCGACUUUGUCAGGUGUUUCCAUUCACUCAAUCACAGAAUGCAAAAAUAUUAGCCCGUCACACUUCAUCAAUUUUUAGAAAGGCUGUGAAAAGCUAAUGCUAACAUUUUAAAUAGCAAUCAAAUCACGUUGCCUAUGUCCUUUAGACGCCAAAUUUUAAUCACAAUUGACACAUAUGUCAGUUGGUUAUGGAAAAUCGAGCAAAUGCUAACAUUUGGAGAAAAAAAUGUUUUUUUUUUUUUAACAGGAUCUCAUUUAGCUUCAAGUACUAGCCUCACAAAGUAUGACGCUUCAACAGCCAGAAACUCUUUCUUCAGGGGCUUAUUUCACAAAAAAUAUGGUACUGUAUGGAUUAUUUGAAUUUUCAAAUGGCAAAAAAUGACCCAAAAACCACAUUUUGACAGUAUUUUGCAUUUUUUCCCCACAAGUUUACAUUUUGGUAGUUGAUUUGCACAUGUAGGAAAAAAAAUGCUAACACUGCUAGAACGAGAGCGAGAAAAGAGUCCUCAAAGGACAUAAAAUAUUUUUCAAAUAUGUCUUAACAUCUCACACCAAAGGCAGAGUGAAGACGAGAGAAGAAUGUCAGUGCGUGUUCACGUGUGUGUGUGUGUGAAUGAUCCUUUUGUAAAGUUGAUGUAAAUGUUAAUUUACCUCAAAUGUUUACAAAAUUGUUAUCGAAUAAAACUUUUUGUACCAGAGUGGCUGCCUUUCAUCUGCCAGGAUAAGACCGUAAAACAGGACUCAGAUUUAAAAUAGACCAAUAAUUUCGCUAAGAUCAAGUGAGGGCACAAUUUUGUGCUUCCUGUCACGUGACACCAUAAUCCUCAGGCGGGUGAUAUAUCACACAAGAGGUCCAGUGGCUGCAGAGUGAUGGGCAAUGAACUUGUCAGCCGUCACUCGUCUCGCACACGUCAAUGCUUCACACGGAAAUUUCACACGCUGCAACUGCUUUUCAAAUUUCCUAAAUGUCCUA